AUGUUGCUUGUAUUGGUCGCACUAUUUGAUAUAGCUAUUUUGGUAGCAUUGGUGUGGAUAUUUUUACUUAAUGUAACAUCUAAACAAGUUCAAUAUACUACAAUUUCAUUCUGCUAUAUAGGAAUUUUGGCAAGUUUAUUACCAAUAGCAUUGUUACCUUUAGAUAUUGGAAUUACAAUUUUAGAUGUGAACUCCAAUGCAAACUUAAAUAGUAUUAUUUUAAGGCUUUGGCGUAUCUUAUAUAUAUUAUUAUUUGUACUGUGUUGGAUAGUUUAUCCAGUCCUUUUUGAAUACGAGAUGUGUGGUGAAUUCAAUUGGAAGUGUAAAUUGAAAACAAGCCUAAGAAGAAACAGGAGAUUUUGGCUGAUUCAAUUAACUUGUUUUAUAUUGCUUGUCCUACUUUGUGUACUCAUCUUCCAAAAGUAUGAUUUACAAACAAUUCUACCACUAAUUUGUAUAGCUGGUGGUCAUAUUUGGGGAAUGAUACAAAUAACUCUUUUAUGGGGUUUUGGUUUAAUUUCCGUUCCUAAACAUAUUAAAAAUAUCAUAUUUUCUGAUAAAUUUAGUGGUAAAGAUAAAUUGGACAAUUUAUAUAUAUCGUUAUAUACACUAGAUGAUUGCAGAGCAAUAAACCAACACGAAGCAGAUCAAUUAAAAAACCAAAUAUAUUAUUUAUAUACUAAUUUAACUGAUAGAAAAUUGAGAGAUAUGUUAAGUAUUAUAAUAAAAUAUUUUAAUUUUGAUUUAAAUGAUUUAAACAAAUCAAAAUUAAUUGAGAAAUGGGAAAUAGAUAAAUAUAGUAUUAAAUUUAAUACAGAUAAUGUUUCAUUAGAAACUAUUAUUGAACUAAACAGAUCACUUAAGAUUACUCUUGCAGAAAGAAAUAGAAUAGAAAAUCAAUGGCUUCAAAUAUUGGAUGAAUGUUGGAAAUUAGAAGAUAAAUUAAUUAACUUACCUCAUUCCAAUACAAUUCAAGAGGAUGGGUUUCUCUUAGUGGGAUUUAAUCGACAAAGUAAUAAAUUUAAGCAUGAAUUAUUAAAUUCACAAAAAUUUGAUAUUCUAUCCAAUAAAAGUGAUAUUGAAUAUGAUUUGAAUAAUGAUCAAACAUCACUUUAUAUAAGGAAGUACGUAAGGCAUUAUAUUAAUUAUUCUUUAUUCAUAAUGACAGUUAUUUUAAGCAUUAGUAUCAUAAUAGCAGAAGCAGGCAUAUAUUUUCAAAGUAUAAAUCUUUCUCUAUUUUCUUAUAUUUUAAAUUUGAUUUCAGAGUCUAAUUUCAUCUAUUAUCCUAUUAAAAUUUUAUUGGUUGAAUUGAUAUGUAUAAUUCUCCUUUUAUACCUUUAUUUAUGUACAUAUUGGGUUUUAUGGAGUAUGAAAUUACCAAAGAAGUAUGGGAUUUAUUUUCAUAAUCAAACUGAUGGGUCAUGCCUUGUAUUUCUGUCUCAAUUUAUGUGCAAACUUGCAACUGCACUAUGCUUUCAUUAUUUAGCCUUAAUUCGUGUUAAUGGAACUACAUUUGAUACCUUUUAUGGGAAGCCAAUGCACUUUCUUCCAAGAAUAGUUGGUAAUGACUUCAACUCUAUGUACUUCCCACUAUUUGUUACUUUCUUGUCUAUAAUAAAUGCCUUGAAUUUACAGCAACGUCUUAUGAAAUCUACAGGUUUAUAUUGUUUAUUUUUUGAUUACUAUGGUAUAGAAGAAUUAUACAAUAUUAAUAGAGAAACUAUGUCUAGUGAAUUUAACGCUAUUAUAGCUGAUGGUAAGAGAAUUGCUGAUUCUCAGAGAAGAAUCAGAAAUAAUGAACAAGAUUUCCAAGAUAUUUAG